CGCAGGAAGGCGUCGUCUCCGACUCGUCGCAGCCGUCGGGCAGGGCUUGUCUUCCUUGCACUUGCAGUCGAGUCCAGACCUGCGGAGAUAGGUAGAGCCGUAGAGAGAUAGAUCUACUAAUCGACCGAUCCGGAUCCUUCCCUUCCAUCUCACGUCGUCUCCCUCGCAGCCGCAGUCGCCGUAGCAGAUCUUCUCUCAAACCCUACCGACCAACAGCUGCUUGCUCGGGACGGGAACCUGAGUUGGCGUUGCGAUGGCGCUGCAGUACGUGGAGGCGCAGCGGCAGGCGCGCCCGGACCUCGCCGACUGGUACGCCUCCCUCGCCGACCUCUACCAGCGGAAGCUAUGGCACCAGCUCACCCUCAAGCUCGACCAAUUCCUACAGCUCCAGGCCGCACAGACCGGAGACACUAUCAUUCAGCUCUACAACAAUUUCAUCACCGACUUUGAGACCAAGAUUAAUCUGCUCAAGCUUGCCCAUUUUGCGGUGAUAGCUUCUCGCCAGUACCCUGAUAAGGAUGCUGCAAUUACUUUCUUAGAGGGGGUGAUCACAAAGCUGCGUGAGACUAGAGAGUCGCGGAUUAAUGAACCAAUUCUCUAUGUGAAGAUGCAAAUUGCAGCUAUUAAUCUUGAGAAAGGAAACCAAAAGGAGUGCAAAAAUUUGUUGGACGAUGGGAAAACCACUCUGGAUAGUAUGACUGAUGUCGAUCCCACAGUUCAUGCUAGCUUUUACUGGAUAUCAUCUCAAUACCACAAGGCCCGCCAAGAAUUUGCAGAGUUCUAUAAGAACGCUCUUCUCUAUCUGGCCUACACAACUGUGGAGUCUCUAUCUGAGUCAUUCAAGCUAGACUUGGCUUUUGAUCUUUCUCUAGCAGCGUUGUUGGGUGAUAACAUUUACAACUUUGGGGAGUUGUUAGCUCACCCAAUUAUCAAUAGUCUUAUUGGAACCAAGGUGGAGUGGGUUUAUCAUAUGUUACAAGCAUUCAACACCGGCAACCUUGCUCUCUACCAAGAACUUUGCAGGGUUCACAAUGCUGCUCUUACUGCACAACCAGCUUUGGUGCAGAAUGAGCGGAAGCUGCUUGAGAAAAUCAAUAUUCUUUGUCUGAUGGAGAUAAUCUUUAGCCGGCCAUCUGAAGAUAGAACUAUUCCAUUAAGUGUUAUUGCCGAGCGGACUAAGCUUUCAAUCAGUGACGUGGAGUAUCUUCUUAUGAAGAGCCUCUCGGUUCAUCUUAUUGAGGGAAUAAUUGAUGAAGUGGACAGUACAGUUCAUGUCUCGUGGGUCCAGCCCAGAGUGCUUGGAAUUCCACAGGUUAAGGCUUUGCGCGACCGCCUGGAUGCCUGGGUUGGAAAGGUGCAUACCACAUUGCUUUCAGUUGAGGCGGAAACCCCUGAUCUUGUUGCUGCGUAAUUUCGCAGCUGUUACACUCCGCAAGAUGCUUGGUCAGCAAGGUCUCAUUGCAAAAUGGGAGAUGCUUUGUGUGACACUUGUAGUCAUUUGCUGGAUAAUGAAACCUGCUGCCCUGAGCGUUUGUCUGCCUGCGUCCUACUGAUCGGGGCCUGUAAUUUCUUUUUUUGAUGUCCUCUGGACAUGGAUGGUUAGAACUUCACGCAGUGUCACGAAGACGGGACCAAUGGAUUGAAAAUUUCAUACUAGGGUGUUACUGUAGUUUUCCCCAGUUGAAUUUAAUUUGUAACCAAGUUUAUACUCUGUUGGACGUGGAUGCAGGAGAAUCUUGCUGGAACUUGAGUUGUGCCUGAUUUUUUUCAUGUUGCAUUGGGAUAAAUCGUUUGUUAUCACC